UUAUGUGUGAUUUCGUUUUGUAUAUUUUGUGCUUUUUCAUAAUAAAAGAGCGUCCUAAGUGGACAUAAAACAAAAUACCGAAUUGUUUUGCUGUGAAGUAAUACAGGACAGUAGGCACAGGCAGUAAACUUAUUGAUUAUACAGUAAAGUUUAAACUUGGGACAGCGUUAGUUUGUUGUGCUUUUCAAAUUAAUAUUAAUUAAGCUGUUCCUGUAUGGCGUACAAUUAGCAUUACAGAUAGAUGUGUGUGUGGAAUUAAAUAUGCAUCCUACAAUGUACAUGUUUCAUACAUAACAAUGAGACCCAAAAAUGUUCUCUCCUUCAUAUUUCUUCGACCCUGGCUAGGAGUUCCGUUUGGGAUAUGGAUAGCGGUGUCUGUGGUUUACUACUGGUGGUUAAUAUCCCGAAUAAGCAUCCUGGAGACUCAGAACAAGGUGUUACAAGUCGACUCUAGAAAGGGAUUGCAAGUGCCUUAUAUUCCAGACGCACCAGGCACACUCUGCGAGACCAUCCACGUGGCGCUGGUCUGCAUGAGCAAAUGCCCCCGGAUAGUGUCACCAAUGCUCAAGUCAUUGCUGCACCACCGUCAGAACCCUGUGCACUUCCAUCUCAUAGUGGAUGUGGUGUCUGAGCACACAACGAGUCAUCUUUUUGAGACCUGGGAUCUGCCUGAUGUGCAAUACACCACCUACAACGCUCAGAGCAUACUAAACCGAGUGGAAUGGAUCCCGACCACCCACUACUCCGGCGUGUACGCGCUGGUCAAACUGUUGUUCCCGGACAUACUGCCAGCGACGUUGCGGCGGGUAAUCGUGCUGGAUUCCGAUCUGACCUUUUUGUGUGAUAUUAUGGAAUUGUGGAACAUGUUCCGGAACAUGACGGACCAGCAGUAUAUCGGCCUAGUCGAAAACGAGAGCAACUGGUACCAGAACACAGAAAUUAGAUGGCCCGCGCUCGGCCGAGGCUAUAACACCGGCGUGAUGUUGUUAGACUUGCACAGAAUUCGGACCAUCACAGACUGGACGACUCUAUGGCACGACGCAGUCAACGACAAUAUAGACCGGCUGAAGACCACGGCACUGGCUGAUCAGGACGUGAUUAAUGCCAUGAUUAAAAAAAUACCAAAGAUUGUUUAUAAUAUUAGCUGUCAUUACAAUGUGCAAAUGUCGACGGAGACGCUAGCGAAAAGUUGUUAUGGGGAAGAUGUAAAUAAUAUUAAGAUAAUCCACUGGAACUCCCCAAAGAAGUACAACGUCAACAUCCCCGACGUAGAAUACUUCCGAAGCAUCCACCUUUCUUACGUCAAUUUCGACGGUAACCAGCUUCGAGAGAAGCUGCAUCGAUGUGACCGCGCCGAAGCAGUUACCUUUAAGACCGCAACCCCCAGCCGUUGUACGAAGUUCCGCGCAGCGCAGAACAUAAAGCUGCGCACACACCUGUACUACAUGGACUAUAGCUACACGAACGUGGACAAUUUUGACGUCACACUGGUGCUGCAGCUGUCUAUGGACCGGUUGCAGUUCUUGGAAAGGCUUGUGAAGCAUUGGGAAGGUCCUCUGAGCGCCGCGAUAUACCUAUCGGAUUGCGAAGUGGGAGUCCUAGAGAGCUUCAUAAAGGAUUUCUCUGAUACACUCAGUGUUAGGAAAAACAUCGGUUACCAUCUCGUUUUCAAACACGAGUCGACGCACUACCCAGUGAACUACCUCCGCAACGUGGCACUAGAAAACGUAAAUACACCGUACGUGUUUCUUAUGGACGUGGAUUUCGUGCCUAUGGCAGGGCUCUACGACCAUCUGCGAUCUGUCAUUAAGCUCGUCAACCCGUAUCCACAGAAAAUGUGUCUAGUGGUCGCCGCGUUCGAGACACGCCGCUACCGGGUGUCGCCGCCGCGCAACAAGACGGCGCUGCUGGCGCGCCUCGCCCGCGACGUGGCGCCCUUCCGCGCGCUAGAGUGGCCGCCCGGCCACCGCGCCACCAACUACUCCCGCUGGGCGGGGGCCACGCAACCCUACCAGGUGGAUUGGGAGAAUCAUUACGAACCGUACAUUGUGGUCCAUCGUUCCGUGCCUAAGUACGACACGCGGUUUUCCGGCUUUGGAUGGAAUAAAGUAUCCCACAGCGUAGAACUACGCGCACUAGGAUACAAGGUGGUGGUCCUACCGGGCGCCUUCGUAGUGCACACGCCGCACGCGCCCUCGCCCGCCAUCACCGCCUUCAGGACCAACAAGGAGUACCGCCAUUGCCUGGCGCUCCUAAAGCUCGAAUUCAUGGAGGACCUGCGCCGCAAGUACAACAUAACACUCGAAGACAGCAUGCUACACCUGGGCAAGGAACCUGUUAAAUUGAGGGCCAAGGACGCGGACUAAAGGAGUUCACCAGAGCGCUUACGAACGCUACUCUUUUGAUACUUCUGAUUUCGAAAACCAACCAACUGAAAAACAACGCUCGG